AUGGGAGCAUCCGUACAACCAACGAUAACUGGUUCACCAGUGACAGGUACAAGACAACAAACCAAAGGUAUGGGCGCAUCUAUACAACCAACUACAGGCGCGUUACCAAUCACAAGCAUAAGACAACAAACCACAGGUAUGGGAGCAUCCGUACAACCAACGACAGCUGGUUUACCAAUCACAAGCACAAGACAACAAACCACAGGCAUGGGGGCAUCCGUACAACCAGUGACAGCUGGUUCACCAGUGACAGGUGCCAGACAACCAACCACCGGUAUGGGCGCAUCUAUGCAACCAACUACAGGCGAGUUACCAUUCACAGGCACAAGAGGACAGACAACUGUAAUGACGACUAGUACAACGUCAACGCUGAGUGUUCGUGCUAUUGCUGUGAUCAAGUCGAAAUCGUACCGAAGACGGCGUCGUCAUGAAUUUGUCUGA